GGUGGGAGGCCGCCUUGAUGAGCCUGGAGCCACCAGGCUAGGGGAGGCCUCUGUGCCAGGCUGGCCCUUGCAGCUGGAUGGGUGUGUGUGUCUGUGUGAGUGUGCAUGUGCAGGCCUGGCCCAUGUGUGAGCUGCUCCCCCCCCCCCCCCGCCCCCGAGCUUGAGCCUGGUGUCACCCUGCUGGCAUUGGGGAAGGAAAUGUAGCUCCUGGGAAGCUGGAGCUGGGGAGGGGCAUAGGGGAGCCAGCUGCUUGCCUUCCAGCAUCAGUGCUGCUUGAACCAUCUGGGUGACCUUGGAGGCUGAGUUACUGUGUGGGGCACCCCCAGCCCAGGGCUGGAAACAAGAAUCUUCAAGGCUACCAGUUGCUGGCACCUCCUGUGUGCCAGGUGCCUGGCAAGCUCGCCCUGUGGGGUGCCCCGUGAGCUGGCACCUUAUCCAUGGGGCCUGUAUUCCUGAUGAGGAAACCAAGUCUCAGAGGUGUGACAGGGGACUGGGACCUGGUAGCGUGGCUCUGGGUAGCGCUUUCUAAACGUACCCAAGUGGGGGUUCCCGGCAUGCACCCCUGCUCAGGAGGUGCCCAGCUGGGAGCUUUCCCGAGGCCCCCAUGGCUAAGCAGAGAGCUCAGCCCUGGUUGCGUCACCUGGAGGCCCUUGAGCUCCCACCUGGGCAGGGUCUGCCCUCCAGGGGACCUGGGGAAGCCCCCCACCCUCACUCCCAUGCUGGCUGAGUGCCCAUCUUGGGGUGGGGGCGGGGUAUGCUUGUCAAGCAAGAGGUUCCUGGGGAAGGCGAACCCCACGCUCUUCCAGGAAGUGCUGCCGGUACUGGCCCCUCUCCUGGGACCUGCUUGGGUCGAGGCCUCAGGAUAAGCCCCCUGGGUCCUGGGAGGAGGCUUCCUUCUUCCAGGGUUGCUCAGAGCCUCUCCAGGGCCUCCCAGUGCUCUUUCUUUGAUGCAAUCGGGCUCUGGAAGGUGGCUUGGGUUAGCUGUGGCCACUCCACUGGAUAGCAGAGACUGCGGCCCUCCGAGGGGCACAAGCUUGUUUAGUUACACCCUCAACUGAAGUACAGGUACUCCCAGCUAAGGGUGAGACUGUCUGUGAUUACAGUGGGAGGGCCGGUCCCCUCUCAGCUGUCCUCACAGCCUCAAACUGGCCAAAGACUGGGGAACUCAGCAGAGCUGGUGACCAUUCACAAGUUUGAUUAAGCACCUACUAUGCGCCCAGCAGUGUUCUAGGUGCUGAACAUUACAUACUAGCGGGAAACAUUGAUCAUUGGAUGUACACCAUUUUAUUGAUUUCUCCCCAAAAUCCAAUGAGGGGUAUGUCUUUAAAUUUAUUUAUUUAUUUAUUUAUUUAUGGCUGAGUUGGGUCUUUGUUGCUGGGCGCAGGCUUUCUCUAGUUGCAGCAAGUGGGGGCUACUCUUUGUUGCAGUGCUAGGGCUUCUCAUUGCGGUGGCUUCUCUUGUUGCGGAGCACAGGCUCUAGGCAUGUGGGCUUCAGUAACUGUGGCUCGCAGGUCCUAGAGCGCAGGCUCAGUAGCUGUGGCGCAUGGGUUUAGUUGCUCCGCGGCAUGUGGGAUCUUCCUGGACCAGGGCUCAAACCCGUGUCCCCUGCAUUGGCAGGUGGAUUCUUAACCACUGUGCCACCAGGGAAGCCCAAGGGGUAUGUCUUAUACUAUGAUUAUCGUCCUGUUUUAGACAUGACAACAAUGAGGCUCAGACUGGGAGGUGACUUGCCCUAAGUCAAAUGGGCAGGAAGUGGCAGAGCCAAGUUGGAGACCCAGGUGGUCUGACCCAUACUGGAGCCCUGCUCUGUGGCCUGGUCAGGAAGGGGGGCCCUGAGAAGAUGAGGCCUGCCCCUGCCUGCCGGCCCCCGCCACUGCGCGGCUGAGGAGGGUGGAGCUCUUGGCCAGAGCAGGGCACCGCAGCAGUUCCCAGGAAUGCAGGGCUGUGGGGCCGUUUGCUUUCGUAGCAUAUCUGCCCUCAGCUCCCCAAGCCUCCCUGUGGGCCCCCCCCAAUAGUCAGCCCCUCCAGCCCCCACUCACGGCCUGCUGUCCCUCCUGGGCUCUGCACCUAGCUCCCACAAACCCUUGGGCAGGGAGGGGGUGGGAAGCCAGACCCCCUUUGCCUGCCCCUUCCCACGUCCAUGGGCCCAGGAGGGGCUAAUGGUGAACACAGCUUCUGGGCUCACAUGGGCUUGAAACCCAGCUCUUCCACAGACAAGCUGUGUGACCCUGGACAGAUCACUUAAUCUCCCUGAGCUUCAGUUUUUGCAUCUGUAAAUGGGGAUGAGACAACACCUGCCUUAAACAGUGGGCAUGCCACCCACUCAUGCAACCUGGGCCAGAGGUCUCCCCUCCCAGCCCUCAGCUUCCCCCUCUGUAAGACCCACGUGCUGACAAUGAUGGUCCCUGUACCAGAUGCAGGGGCACCCUUCCAGAUGCAAGGAAGCCAGGAACUUGCUUCUGCUUUCCAUUCCAUAGCAAGAAAGUCACGUGGGCUUUUGAGAGGUACCUCCUGGUUCCUGGUCCCCAAGUCCUAGGCUGGACGGGUCAUGGCUGCUCAAAGGGCAGUUUCAGGACAACCCCUGGGAAUAAGGGGUAUGCCUCUCGUUGCCCUGACAACACUGCUACCCUGGCGCUCGCUCACCUGGUCCCACGCUGCUGUGGGGUGGGCAGGGAGGCCCCUCUUACAGGGGCCCUGUCCUCUGUUUCUGCCAAGGAGACCCUGAGCGCUUCUCAGGGGUCGUGCCAAGCCCGCCGCCUGUCCACACAGGCCCCUCUCCCGGCUCAGGCCCAGCCAGCGGCCCUCUCCCAAGCAGGGACGAGGGGCUUUCUCCAGAGCAGAUUCCUGCCGGCGGGCUCCCAUUAGCCUGGUGACCUUGAGCCUCAGUUUCCCCAUCUGUGCCACAGGGAAACCAACGGCGUCACUCACAAGAGCGACUUUAGAGGGUUCAGAGAAUUCGUGCACAGACGGCUCCUGGCACAUGGUUCCUGCCUGAAUACCAGCUUGGGAGCCCCUCGCUGCCUGCUGCCGCCCCCACCCCCCAGCCCCCAUCAACAUGCACUCCUUGGACGAGCCGCUCGACCUGAAGCUGAGCAUCACGAAGCUCCGGGCGGCGAGAGAGAAGCGGGAGAGGACACUGAGUGCAGUCCGGCACCGAGCUCUGCACAGGGAGCUCGGCCUAGUGGAUGACAGCCCCACCCCGGGCUCCCCGGGCUCCCCGCCCUCAGGCUUCCUGCUGAACCCCAAGUUCCCCGAGAAGGUAGAGGGACGCUUUUCAGCAGCCCCCCUGGUGGACCUCAGCUUGUCGCCGCCGUCCGGGCUGGACUCGCCCAAUGGCAGCAGCUCGCUGUCCCCUGAGCGCCAGGGCAAUGGGGACCUGCCUGCAGUGCCCACCGGCCCGGACCUCCAGCCGCUGCGCUACCUGGACAGCGUCCCCAGCUCCUUCCAGUUCUUCCUGCCCCUAGGCUCCGGGGGGGCCCUGCACCUGCCUGCUUCCUCCUUCCUCACCCCCCCCAAGGACAAGUGCCUCUCGCCAGAGCUGCCCCUGCCCAAGCAGCUGGUGUGUCGCUGGGCCAAGUGUAACCAGCCCUUCGAGCUCCUACAAGACCUGGUGGACCACGUCAACGACUACCACGUCAAGCCCGAAAAGGAUGCAGGCUACUGCUGCCACUGGGAGGGCUGUGCCCGCCAUGGGCGCGGCUUCAACGCCAGAUACAAGAUGCUCAUCCACAUUCGCACACACACCAACGAGAAGCCGCACCGCUGCCCCACCUGCAGCAAGAGCUUCUCCCGCCUGGAGAACCUGAAGAUCCACAACCGGUCACACACAGGCGAGAAGCCCUACGUGUGCCCCUACGAGGGCUGCAACAAGCGCUACUCCAACUCCAGUGACCGCUUCAAGCACACGCGUACCCACUACGUGGACAAGCCCUACUACUGCAAGAUGCCCGGCUGCCACAAGCGCUACACGGACCCCAGCUCGCUGCGCAAACAUAUCAAGGCCCACGGCCACUUCGUGUCGCACGAGCAGCAAGAGCUGCUGCAACUUCGCCCGCCCCCCAAACCACCGCUGCCCGCCCCUGACGGCAGCCCCUACGUCAGCGGGGCCCAGAUCAUCAUCCCCAACCCGGCUGCCCUCUUCGGAGGCCCUGGCCUGCCUGGCCUGCCUCUGCCCCUGGCCCCCGGCCCCCUUGACCUCAGCGCCCUGGCCUGUGGCAAUGGCGGGAGUGGUGGGGGUGCAGGGGGCAUGGGCCCUGGGCUGCCCGGUCCCGUCCUGCCCCUCAAUCUGGCCAAGAACCCGCUGCUGCCCUCGCCCUUUGGGGCUGGCGGGCUGGGCCUGCCCGUGGUCUCCCUCCUUGCUGGCUCCGCUGGCGGCAAGGCUGAGGGGGAGAAGGGGCGUGGGGCGGUGCCGGCCAGGGCCCUGUGCACGGAGGGCCGCAAGACCCCCCUGGAGAGGACUGAGAGCGGCCGCUCCCGGCCAAGUCCCGAUGGCCUCCCCCUGCUGCCGGGCACCGUGCUGGACCUGUCCACAGGCGUCAACUCGGCGGCCAGCAGCCCAGAGGCGCUCACUCCUGGCUGGGUGGUCAUCCCGCCGGGCUCCGUGCUGCUCAAACCGGCCGUGGUGAACUGAACCCACUCCGUGGACGCCGACCACCUGUAGCCCAGCCGGCGGCUCCCAGCCCUGCCCGCCCCCCCCGACGAACGGAAACUCUUCUGCGAAAUGGCAAUAAUGUUCUCCGGCCCCAGGGCCCAGUUGGCUGUGUCCCCUGGGCAGACCCAGCCCCAGAUAAGCUGGGCAGCAAGGAUGGUGCUAGAAGGGCAUUGCUGGCACCCCAGGCUCCCAAGGGAGGAACUGGGUCUGCCAGCUAGGGAGAGCUGUGCUCCUGGGUGCUGAGGCCUGGCUCACCUCUGCCCCACCCCACCCCAUCCUCCACCUAGCCCUCAGUCCCCCCAUCCCCCAACUCUAGUGCCACCCUCAUCCAGUGGCCAACCAGGCAGGUCACCCUCCCUCCCUUGCCCACCUGCCAGCCCUGUCCGAGCAGUGGGGGUGGUGGGGUGGCAUCUGCCCUCCUGACUAGCGCCAGGCUCCCUCCCCACCCCCUUUGAUGGUGAGCUGUGAGGACCCCCUGGGAUCGAGGCCCCACCCCAUCCUGCCUAGCCUCACUGGGCCCCUGCUCUGGGGGCUCCUGACGCCUUUCCCUCUGGUCUACCCUCCAGAGGGAGAGCAAGACAGACGCAGGCCCUGGCAAAGCCACAGGAAGAAGCCACCUUACCUUAUGACAAGGCGCCUCCCAGCUUGGAGAGGGAGGCCCGCUCUGCCAGCUGCCCCUCACUGCCUGCCAUCUGCAGCAGCCAGCACGCUGCCCGAGGGUCGGUCCCUCCUCUGGAUUGGCUGACCCUCCAGAUUGAGGGGGCUGGCUGACUACUCAUCUGCCCCUUCACCACUGGGCCUCCCUCUACUUUCAGGGAGCCCUGAGCGGGGAGAGGUGCCAGGACCUGGGGCCGGCCCAGCUCAGGGAAUAGGUGGGGCUGGGCUUGGCCUGGCCUGGGGUGGUGCCACCCUGCACAAGGGGCUGUGGAGGCCUGCAGGGUGUUGUUAGGAGGGGAGGCUGGCUGGGCACAACCCCGGGCUGGGAUACGGCUCCUGUCCUGGGAGCACCAAGUCACGGCCAGCACAGGCGAGGGAGGGCUCCAGGCCGGUGCUGGGCACGGGAGCUUCCAGAGGCCAUGGACGGAAGGACCUGGCCUUGAGGAGGGUAAGAGGGGCCGCGAAGCAGCCAAGGAUGCCCUUGGGAGGGCCCUGCCCCUCUGCCUGGGAAGGGGAAGCCAGACGAAAGAGCCUGGACUUGGCGACCUGGCUGCUUCCUUUGGCUUUUCUGAGCUGAGCUCCUGCCCUAGGUGUCCCUGCUCUGCUCCCCCAUGGAGGGGGCCAGAAUAAGCUAAGGAUGCUGGGGCUCCAUGUGCCCCAGAGCCCACACUGCUGCCCAAGCCCAGGGAGCUGGGCUCUCCCACAGGCCCUGGCGGUGCAGCACGUGUCUCAUUCCCCGCCCUGAGCCCUCACAUUCCCUCCCCGUAGGGGGCCUGGUUCCGUCUGGGAGGUGCUGGCCCAGCAGUCAGGAGCUCUGUCUGGCUCCUAGGCCUGCCCUGCCCUUGGCCACAGUGACCAAGCCCUCCGUGUCGCCGGCUGCAGAACAAGGGAGCUACGGGACUGCGGGGGGUCCUUAGCAGCCCUGCAGUUCCCCUCCUCUGAGCAGCUCUGCUGACCCUGCCCUUUCCUGGACUGCCCUUCUGUCCCAGAGGGGUCACCCUGACCCGGCCCACUGACAGGGCCCGGCAGCACUGGUUUUGCCCCUUGAAGGGGCUGUGAGCAAAGCAGGAGGGAGCUGGUCUCCUUCCCUCGCGCCCCACCCAGGACCCAGGCACCCCCACCCCCACUAAGGGCCCCAGGCCUUAAGUCCCCAUUGGGGUGAGGGGUUUGAGACUCAAGCCCUGGGAGCGGAGGAACAGGGCACUGGAAGGUGACAUUAGCUCAGCAUGUGACUCGGUGAUAGACCAGGCCCGAAGGGGCCGGUGUACGUGUUGUUGUUGUCGGUUUGUUGUUGCACAUUCCAGGAUAUCAGUAUUCUAACAGGUUCUAAGUGCCUUUCUAUCGUAGCUUAUGUUUUUCCUCCUCUUGGCUCCAUUGCUGUUAGCAUAGAGUUUUAAAAAAAGAAAAGAGAUAAGCUAAUGACUAUAACAAUAUAUUCCUCCAUGUGAGAGGAAGUUUAUAAAGAAACAAUAAAAGUGAGUUACAAACACA